AUGACGCGUCUAAAUGGUAGUCUGGAGAAGGACGAGGAGACGAAUCAAGCUGCAUGGGAAGCAGCAAAGGGAUCCCUGGUAGGAGCAACGAAGUGGGGUGCCCUUUUCGCAGUCGGCGGUGGCAUAGCAUACGCCUUCUCACCAUUCUAUCGCAGCCUCACCGUGCAAUUCAAAACAUAUAUCCAGAUGUCGGGCAUGAUACUGGGCGGUAUGCUGGAAGCCGAUAAGCGUAUGAUCAACUACCAACAUCAGGUACGGUACCAAAAGAGGCUCACAAGGGAUAUGGAAGUCUGGAGACAGUACGAAGAGAGCUUCGAGGAGCGAGGGACGCCAGGCGUUGGGGCUGAAAGCAAAGUGCAGAGACCGGAUGGAAAAGAUUAG